AUGCACAACUACGCGAGAGUAAACCACAUAGACCUUGAGCAAGACCUCACGGUUGACGAGUACUACUCGGUGAAGUCCGGGUUAAGAAUAAUCCUGAGCAAAAUCAAGAGCCCCAAAAUAUAUGGCUACUUCACCCUACUGACGGAGGCCGAAAAUGACGAGGGGUUGCCGCACACCCUAGAGCACCUGAUAUUUUUGGGAAGCCACAAGUACCCACACAAAGGACUCCUGGACUCAUUAGCAUACAAAUGUCUGUCCGAAGGAACCAAUGCCUGGACCUCAAUCGACCACACCUGCUACACAAUAGAGACCUUUGGCAUGGAAGGGUUCAGUAAUAUCCUACCCAUUUAUUUGGACUUCAUCUUAAACCCAACCCUAGCAGAUGAUAUGUUUUUGUCUGAAGUGCAUCACAUAUUUGAAAAUGGAACACAUAACGGAGUGGUCUACUCAGAAAUGAAAUCCAUAGAGAAUAAUUGUGAAAAUAUAAUUGAGAGGACAGUCAUUACGAAUCUUUACCCAAAUGAUAAGAGUGGGUAUAGGUUCGAGACAGGUGGGACGUUGGAUGGGUUGAGGAAAACUAAUAAUAAUCGUGUGAGGGAAUAUUUUAAAAAAUUUUAUAAGCUGAACAAUUUCGCCAUUAUUAUCUUUGGCAAUUUUAACAAUGACGAUAUUUUGAAUAUCAUUUACGAGUUCGAGCAGUACCACUUGGAGUUGAACCCGGAGCAGGUCCUCGGCGGGGCGCACGCAGCGGCGGCCGCAGCGGACACAGCGGCAAAGACGAACACGAAGACAAGCACCGAGGACGCCCCCUCCGCGGAGCAACUGUUCAUAAGUCACAUGCAAAGCCCCGAGAGACCCUGGAGCGAACAGUGCAACGUCGAAAGGAGGAGCGACUCAAAAGUUGUAAAAAAGUAUUACCCCUGUAAUAAUCUGAACAACGGGCAGGUGUGCAUCGCAUGGAGGGGAUGCGACUGGGCCGACUUCCACACCAAGUUAGCCAUAUCCUUGCUGGGCAACUACCUCACCGACUUGACGACCUCCCCCGUGAGCAAGCGCCUGCUGGAGGACAAGGAGAACACCUACUGCAGCAGCCUGGACUUUGCACUCGAGGACUUGAAAGGGAACUACUUCACCAUCGACAUUUACGACGUGGUGUACAAGUUUAGGGUGGCCGGCGGGGAGGACAAGCAGCAAGCGGGGCAGCAGCAAACGGGGCAACAGCCAACGGAGCAAUCACAAACAGAGCAAGGGAAGACGGCGAAGCUGUACGAUCCCAAGAUGGACGAGGUAGGGGAAAUCACGCGCAAGUGCCUGCAGCAGGUCCUGGAAGAGCCGCUCAACAUGGACAGGAUGAAGAACAUCAUUGUCCGCUCUUACCUGCAGCACCUCAAGGACCUGGAGGCAGCCCCACAGUACCUCCUAAACGAAUUUAUCAUAAAGUAUUUUAUUUAUGGAAGGAACAAGGAGGACCUGAACAACUGCUUAAAUUUGAAAAAGGCGUAUGUGGAUUUGUUAGGGAAAAAGGAGGAGUACUGGAAGGAAGUGCUAAAGAAGUUCUUUGUGCAAAACAACUACGUGGAGGUGAGGUGCUACCCCAGUUACAAAAAGGCCAAGCAAAUUGAACUCUUCGAACGAAACCUAAUAGAAAGUGAACAGAAGAAAUACGGGAACGAGAAGCUGCAGGAAAUGGCCAAACACGUAAGGAAAAUUAAAGAGAGCUUUGAGAAGAAGCCCCCCAAGAGUUCUCUCAACGUAGUGGACUCUGCGAAACCACAAAACGUGUUAAUCGAGGGUAUAAGCGUGUUCCGUAACUUUGAGCUUUUGCAAAAAGGGGAGGGGGAAACAAGAAAUACCUCGUUGGAAGUAUCACCCAUUGAAAUGGACACGUCGCAAGAUGUGUCUUGUGAAAACGCCAAGCUGUUGAGUUCUGUCGAAGGAGAUUUGAAGAGAGUAAUUUUCCCCAUCCAGCUGAGCCAUAUCCCAUCUAACUUCGUAUCCAUUAACGUGUUAAUAAACUCAAGCAACGUGAAUGAGGAGUUAAAGAAAUAUAUUCCCUUGUUGAGUUAUCUGCUGUUCGAGACAGAUGUAGAGGUCAACAAGACCAAUGUGAAGUGUGAGUUAUUCACAGAGGAACUGAUUAGGCACACAAUAAACUACUGUUGUAACUACGGUUUGGGGGGAAAUGCUAAAAAUUUUAGAGGAGGAAGCUUAGGAAAUAUACUCUGCAUACAAAUUGUAGGUCUUUAUGAACACUAUGAAAAAUUAUUUGAUCUUCUUUUUUUAUCAAUUUUUAAAAUGAACUUAACAAUGGAAAGAAUGGAAAUCAUCCUCAAGUCAGCUUAUCAGAAUUUGCUGCAAAAAAAAAACGAAACCUAA